UCGCUGUGAAUAAAAGGACCUCGACCUGUACUCAUCACUGACUACCAUUCCCAACCUAGGCACUUCCCCCACCAUCACUGACUACCGGUCGCAAAUGAAAAUCACACAAAAAAUUUGACCUUUGUAAAACCCCAAUAAACCUCUCAUCUCUCUCCAGCCUUCCCCUAAAAAUGUCCUCCGCAAUCUCCAAAAUCAAUGCUAGAUCCCUACUCCUCCUCCUCAGAACUAAACCUAUCAACGCACCCGCCGGCGCCGUCACGCCUAAUUCUGUCUCUCGCUCUCUCUCUACAACCCCCGAGACCCGUUCCCAGAAACUAGAAAGGAUCGCCGACGAGCUUCUCGAUCUUACGAAGCUCGAGCGACACGACUACUCCAUCCUCUUCCGCCUCAAGUUGGGGCUUAACCGCUACGGGCCUGCCGUGUCGGGUCCCUCUUCACCGGGCCCAGCCGCCGAUUCCGGGUCUGCUGAAACCAAGGCCGCAGAGAAGACAGCUUACGAUAUCAAACUGGAGAAGUUCGAUGCAGCAGCGAAGAUCAAGAUCAUCAAGGAAGUAAGGACUUUCACUGAUUUGGGUUUGAAGGAGGCUAAGGAUUUAGUGGAGAAGGUUCCUGUCGUCGUAAAGAAGGGCGUUACAAAGGAGGAAGCCGAUCAGAUUGUUUCGAAGCUCAAGGAGCUGGGUGCCACUGUGGUAUUAGAAUGAUGAAUUUCCGAUUUUUGGUUUAAUUUUUUUUUUUUUGCUGUAGAAUAAUGGGUAUUUAGAUAAACGAUUAAUGAAUGGGAAUUUUGGGGUUGAGUAUAACUGACAUGUUCUCUUCUCUGUUGACAUCUUCACCUUUUGGGAAUUAUCAAUGAGUGAUGAAUUUUAGGGUUCAUUUCUAACCAGAACUUCCAUUGUUUUGGGAACUAAAAGCUUGGUAGCGUCAAGUUGUUAUUCAGCUUAGAUGUUAGAUUAGCUCAUAGCUCAAUGAAAAAGGAAGAAAGAAAAAAAAAAGAAACCUUGAAAGGAGUAGGCUUUACAUUUGAACAUAUGAUUUGUUCUUGGAACAUUUGUUGUCUUGCGAGUUGCAGAGUCGUGUUCUAGGAUUGUGGCAGAACUACAUAUGGGUGGAUUUUAAUCAUUGCGCUUA